AUGUACGUUGGAAACACCCGACGGCCAACUUCGGCUUUAUUUUCGCCGGCUUCUUCUUACUCUCUUGGAAGGCAGUCUUCAUGGUAAUUAGUAAUGGUUCUUCAAAUUUCAAAUUUUUGAAAAGAUUCUGCGGCAUUUGGAAUGACUUUGUGAUGGAAUUUUAUCAAAAAACCUGAUUUUACGAUGAAAGUUAAAUUUUAACUGCAUUUAAAAGUUUAAAAGUUUUAACAUCGUUCAGAGGUAUUAUUAUUGAAGAGUUCUUUUUGCCUGAAAAAGAAAUAAAGUAAAAUAAUCAUUCAAAAAAAAAGUUUGUACAGAAAGAGUUCAUUUUUUUCACCGGUUCUCGUUUAAAAAAAGGUUUUUAUUCGAUUUGAACCACGGAGAAAAAAAGUUUUACUUUCAUCAAAAAAAUGGGCGGAGCUCAUCAAGAUCUCACUGAUAUAUUUAUUAUAUUUAUAAUUUCAGGCACUUCGGUUCGAGAACCCCUUGCAAGAACCCGUUUUUCAACGCAAUAUACUGGGCUUUCAGAAGGUGUCAAUAUUGGCUCUGUUUUUACGACGAUGGUAAUUUUCAUAGAAAAAUACAAAAUAAAUGAGCUGAACUUCAGAAGUGGAAGUAGACGUGGAAGAUCUGCUAUCGAAUCCAUUCAAUACCCAGCCGCCUUCUCUGGAUCAACUCGUUCAGUUGACCUCCUUCAAUAGAAAAUGGCUCAUGUUCAUGUACCGCAAUUUCAAGCAGGUAAAAUGUUUCAAAAGUUGAAAAAAAUGAAAAAAAUCUAUUAAAAUUUUAAUGAUUGGUUCUUUAACAAGUUAUACUUAAAAUAUGGCUUUUUAGAGUCAUUAUUCAUGAGAAUUAUAAUGAUAAAAAAAUAAAUUGGUUUUUCACGUUAUUUUUUUGAACGUAGGAUUAUUGCGCCUAAUUUUUAUCGUUUCUUUGAAAUUCCUGUUUCAGUUAUGUUUCUACUGAUAGGUAAAUACAGAAAACACGAAUAAAUCUUGUUCUUGCUCUUGUAUACUCUUAUAUAGACGAUCUUUCGUUUUCUUCAAAAUUUUUUUUUCUUUCAAAUUGCAUUGUUAAAAUUUUCCUUUUUUUUGGCGCUCAUAAAAAAAAUUUAGAUGCUGCGAAAUAAUCCUAAAAACUCGCUAUCCAUUUUUUUUGUCCUAAGAAUGUUUUCAAUCAAAGGUUUUACGAAAAGAGCGAGUAUUCCGAAGAGUAAACUUUCAAUCAAUUAAACUUCAAACUAUUGUAUGUGAAAGACCGCAUUUGGCAUGUUUGUACAUUCUGAGUGGAUCUAUUUCCGCUUUCAAAAGUUGAAAAAUGGAAAUUUGAGAAAAAAAUAUGGAAAACCGAGGAAAUGGAAGACGCGGAGAUAGUGCCAUUUAAAUAGUGCAAACACGCAAAAUGCGGACUUUUUCCUACAGUAACCUUCAGAAAAGGAAAAUCGCCUUGUCGCAGCACUUAAUCAAACAUCAUACAGAAAUGCGCGAACGGCCGAAUGACCGAAUCUCAAUGGAGAAUUCUGUUCCGGGCCCUUUUUCCCAACGCAAAUGACACAUAUUUCGUCGAUCGGCUCUACGCAGCGAUCAUCUCGAACAAAAAUCAUCAGCAAAUCACUUUCCAGGUUUGAAAUCGAUCACAAAAAUCAAUAAUCCUGGAAUUUCUAGGACUUGGUUUUGUUCUUGUGGGAACUGACGGAAGGUUGUCAUUCUUCAGAGCCUUCUUGCUCUUCUGCCGCCGCUCAGUUCACGUUUUCUUUGAUGGAGCCGGAUAAAAAAGUAAAUUUUUGAUAGUUAAUUUUUUUUAACUCCUGUUUUUCUGUGCAGGCUUGUUUGACAAGAUUAUGGUAUUUUUCUAUGGGAGUUACGUUUCCAAAUUUUUCUGGGUGAAUCGCUGAAUUUGAAUUUUUUUCGGUAUUUAUUUUGAAAAAAAUAAAAAAAUUUCAGUUUUGCAACGUCAUGAAAGACUCUAAAGAGCUUUUUAAAUAUCGAUUUUGAAAUUUUCCUAUGGGUUUUGGUGAUUUUCCUUUUCAGGGACGUGUUGAUGAGCUCUCUUUUGCGAAAUACACGAGAAGUAUUUUCGCGCUGACCGCGUCGCGUCACACGUGCGACGCGGCUGUGAUUGGACUUCCUUCCAGCAGCAUUUACCGAACUAAGGUAUCAUUAUUGGAGUUCUUUAUGGUUUUUGAUGUCCUUCUUGAAAUUUUCUAAUCUUUUCCGUGAACCAUUGAGAGAAAUUCUUUCUUGACUCAAUGACAUUUGAAAUCUUUUAAGAUUCGUUUUAAGUUUUGUAUUAUUUUCCAACUAACUAGUAAGAAAUGAUAAACAAUUUGAAGCUUUUCUUGCGAUUCUUAACUUUCUUCUCAUAAUUUUUUUAACAAAUUUUGUAAACUAAUAUAAUUCAUCCUUUCGUGACGCUUUUCAUAAUCAAAAAAAGGGAGUAUUUUCCGCCUCAAAUUGAGCUUUUGAGGAAAUUAAGCUGGAGCGCACUUUCCCACCUCCUGAAUUUUUGAAUAAAAUAUCGAUAGGGGCUUAAUCAAUCAAGAUUUAUUGAGUACAUGUUUUAGUUUUCAAAUCAUGAUCAUUUAAAGAUCCCUAUAGUGACCACUUGAGAUUGAAAGGCCCAAAAGGGAGCACUUUUUUCCCCUUUUGAGGCUGUUUUUCCGCUAACCCCUAUAGGGGUCACUCUGGCGUUCCUAAGAGGCUUAAAAAAUUCCCUUGUGAGCUUUUCAUCUAAUCCUUCAACACUACUUUUUGUUCAGAGUGCUGAUGACGAUUUUAAGCCGUUAUCUCCAAUGAUAGCUCGAUACGCUUCGCAAAGAUUUAAGGUAGAAUAAAUCAAUAAAUGAUUUAAAAAAUGAGUAAUAACAUUUCUAGGAACUCGACUCGGAUGGCGACGGAUUCAUCACGGCCAACGAUAUCCAGAGGGUGAUGGAUUCUCAUCGAGAAGUCGCCGUUCUGAGAAGUUGCCGCGACGUCGGCGAGUCUUCAGAGAAAAAAUGA